AUGUGCCUUGAACAGGUGCGUGCCAGCAGGCUGUUCCCGGUGUCAUGCCUGCCUGUCCGGAGCUUCCUCUAUGUCGAGACACGCCAAGGCUCCGAUCGGCGUCGAUGCUGUCAGGGCCUUCUUAUGUGUUGCGGGGGCUUUCCUGCCUGGGUGCUGACUUUCGUGCGGAGCUGGAACGGACGCCACAUCAUCUUGCUGAUAAAUGCUGCAGUGUCAUCCGCGACCUGCACCUACCAGUACCUGCGAGAGACCAACAGCCCGCGGCACUGCCUCCUUGCGCUUGUUGCCAUCAUUGGCCUGCUCUCAGUGGGCACAGGCCUGGUUGCCUUGGCUUCGGUACGGUACCAGUGGCGGCAGCUGGACCGGCACUUCCGUUGGGCCAUCCUCUGGAAAUCCGCCAUGCUGGCGGGCAAGGUGAUUCUGCUGGCAAUCCCCAAGGCCAGCACUCCAGUGCACUUUGAGUCUGUCCUCAGCUGCGGCCCUGACCCUCUUUGUCCGGAGGACUGCCUCAGGCACGGUGGCUACUGCCACAUGUUUCAAUCUGCAGGCCACUCCUCCUGCAAGUGCGUCAAGUCGGAGUUGAACUGGACUAUCUACGUCCUGACGUCUGUCACAAGUUGCUUCCUCUGCAUGCUCACUCUGAUUGAUCUGGCCGCCUUCUGGUCCGCGCGGCGCACGCCCUGGCGGGAGUCCAGGCUGCGUUGGCUCCGCGGUUUUGCAGCCCUGGUUGGUGCCGCAGGCAUCAACCUGACUGCCUGCCUCUUCGCACUCCUGGUUUCCGUUGCGCCGACCAGCUGCUACGUGAAGGACGUCGCCACAGCUGUUUCCCUGGUGCUGCCCUUGGUGCCGCUGAUGCUGUUCGCUAACGAGGCUCGCUGGAUCAUCGCCACAUGGAAGGAGGACGCGGCGGGCUGUGCACUGAUCUGGUCCACUUCCGGCCUGCGUGUGCUCGCCUUUCUGACCUGCUUGGCGGCGGUGGGGUCGGCUGCGUCUGUGGCCUCAAGACCCGUCGCUCGAGGCAUCUGCCAGGGUGUCCAUGGUGCCAUCUUGGGAAUCAGUUGCCUGACGGUUCCCAGCGCUGUGGCCUGCAGCUUGCUCCGCGCCCGGAGCCCGCCGCCAAGCAGGGCGGCCCAGGACGCUCAACAGUCAGGGUCCGAGGGCUCCGAGAUGCGGAGCAUGGCGCUGACGGCCCAGAAAGAGGCCAGGAAGGCCGGUGUCGAGGGGGCGUAUGAGUUUGAGAGGCCAGAACAGGUGCAGUUCAAGGAGCCUUCGCGACUCUUCUGGCCAUUCUCGUGUGCCUACGACGUCUUCUCCAUCGACCGCGACCUCGAAGUCUCAAGCGAGGGGAGUGGGGGGAAGGGAGCCGCACGCGAUGCCAUGAUCUGGUCUGUUGCUUGCGGUCCUGACGGGUGGUGUGAGAGCGUUGGAGUUACCCCGUCGAGUUGGAAGAACCUUCGCCAGAUUCACCUUCCUAAAGAUGGGAAACCGAAGCGUGAGACGGACCGCGCUUAUGGAGGCCGACGAGGAGUUGGCACCUACAAUGCCGUGGCUUCCCUUCUGGAUGGUAUCCAUAACG